CGCAAAAUAAUUGAGCUUCAGCCACCAGGAGAAGACUUGCAUUGACUUGACUUGGAGCUUCAGAUGGCUUCAACAAGACUAGCUUUCAUUCUCUGUUCUCACCAAGCCAUGACUCUGCUUUGGUGAUUUCAGAUCCUGAAUCCCACAAGGAGGAGGCCACCACAGUCCAGAUCUACAUCGAUUACAAGGUCAUGUUCUUUGCCCUUAAUUCGGUUUUGCUCCGGGGUAGCUAGGUCGAUGCAAUAAUCAUCAGUUUUCCUUUGCCAUUACAAGCCAGGUAUGGUGGCUGUUCCUUAGAUCUGAUGGGUAUCUCAAGUUGAAGAUCGAAGCCAGCUACUCUACUUGUCAUCAACAACAAGCCUAGCACUCUCAGCCACACCCAUGACUCAACAACAAGCCUAGGAUCUCCAUGAUGGUUAAGCUUCAAUGACAACCUCAACAGUCCCAAGUCAUUAGGUCUAGAUUCGCAAAUGCACAAGGAGGUCGCCAACAUAGAUCAGAUCUAGGCCAUUUCGAGGCAGCACCAGUAAGCGCGAUAAAGAUUUCUCUUGGAAGGACGAGCUUCUUAAUUUGUGACGACCCCAAGGUCUGGCGAGCGGUGAGAGGGAAGUGGCCAUUCUACUGAUAUUUGAGUAAGUAUACAACUAGGCGACCACCCAUCAGAAGCCAGGUAUGCUGGUGGUUCUCUGGUUUUGAUGUGUAACAGGAAGGAGGAUUCUUCAAGUUCAAGAUCAAAUCCAGCUACGUUUCAUCAACAAAAAGCUAGCACGCUCUCAGUCGUACCCAUGGCUCCAUGAGGGUUCAGGAUCUCCAUGGUUAAAAAGCUUUGAUGACAAGUUGACAACCUCAACGGCCAAGUCAUGAGGUCUUGUUUUUUAGUGAGGAUCCAUGAGGUUAUUCCGAUUGUUUCAGAUUCUGAAAUGCACCAGGAGGUAACCGGCGUUGAUUGGAUCUAAGCCAUUACGAGGCAGCACUGUAAGUACAAUAAAAUUAUCUCCUGGAAGGACAAGCUUCUUAAUUUGUGACGACGACAAGGUCUGCCGAGCAGGAAGUGAACUUUCUGAUGAUACUAAGGAAAGUAUACAACUAGGACGCCACCAACCAACGAGGCAUUAGCAAACCUCGGAAAGUAAUGGCGGAGAUUGUGAUCCUUCUAGCCAUUAAAAAGAUUGGAAUUGCCUUGGCAAAAGGAGCGGCAGACCAGGCCAGUGUGCAGUUUGCGAAGUAUGGGGCACAACUACUGGAGCUACAGGGUAGCAUGGGGCGUGUUGCCAGGGAGCUUCGGGUAAUGCAUGAUGUUCUUUGUCAAAUGGACAUUCGGAACCGCAGCAAUCAAAUAUAUGAGGGCUGGUUAGAGGAGGUACGCAAAGUAGCACAUGUGAUGCAGGACAUGGUGGAUGAGUACUUGUAUCUAGUUGGUCGAGAACAUGAAAUAGGUUUUUGUUUUUUCCUGAAGAAAGGGUUCAAAAAGCCAAGAUCACUGCUCUGUUUGAAUCAGAUAGCUCUCAGAGUGAAGGAAAUGGAGAAAGACCUUUCACACCUGUCAGAGACAAAAAACCGCUGGGUUCCCAUGAUAAAUAACGGGGAUUCUAGCAACCUCAGUUACAUUGUCAAGAGAUCCCAAGAGCUAGCAAACAUUUCACGCUCACUUGAUGAAGAAGAUCUAGUGGGGGUGGAUAAAAACAGAGAAAAACUUGAGCAGUGGUUGGGGGGUGAUGAUCAGGAAUGCUCUGUGGUAGCUCUGCUCGGGAUGGGAGGUCUUGGUAAAACUGCUUUAGCUGCAAGUGUCUACAAAAAGGAGAGGGAGAAAUUCCAGUGCUAUGCCUGGGUCUCCAUUUCUCAAACUUAUUCUAGAGAAGAUGUCUUGAGAAAUAUGAUCAAACAACUUUUUAAAGAUACUGCCAGUGUUCUAUCUAGUACUCUGGCUAUGGACAUCAUGAGCCUUGAAGAGACACUAAAGAAAUAUCUGGAGCAAAGGAAGUACUUUAUCAUAUUGGAUGAUGUUUGGGAUCCGGAAGCAUUUGAUGAUUUGUCAAGGAUGUUUAUUCAUAAUGAUAAGGGCAGUAGAGUGAUGCUCACAACAAGAGAAGCCCGGGUUGCUGCACUUGCCUCUCGAGGACGUAUCUUAACACUGGAAGCUUUACAAGAAGACAAGGCAUUGGAUCUCUUUUGUAAGAAAGCCUUUCCAAGAGAUACAAAUCAUGAAUGUCCCAGAGAAUUGAUGCCAUCGUCCAAGGAAAUAGUUACCAAGUGCAAAGGCUUGCCUCUUGCUAUUGUGUCAGUUGGUAGCCUCUUGCGUGUGCGUGAGAAAACCGUGGAAGAAUGGAGAAGAAUAAAUGACCAACUGAGCUGGGAGAUAAUUAACAAUUCAAGUUUGGACCACAUAAGGAAUGUUUUGCAUCUGAGCUUCAUCUACCUCCCAAUGUACUUAAAAAGUUGUUUCAUGUACUGCAGCUUAUUUCCAGAAGACUAUCAUUUUAAAAGGAAACAACUUGUACGGUUAUGGACAGCAGAGGGGUUCGUCGAGGAGAGGGGUGAAAGCACAUUAGAAGAAGUGGCAGAAGGUUAUCUAAAGGAGUUGAUUGACAGAAACAUGCUACAACUUGUUGAGAGGAACACAUUUGGUAGGAUGAAGGAAUUCAGAAUGCACGAUAUCUUACGUGAAUUGGCAGUUGAUUUGUGCAAGAAGAACUGUUUUGGUGUUACAUAUGAGAAUAAAUGUGAAGGGCCUCAUCAGAAGGAUGGACGUCGAUUGGUACUGCACAAACUAAAAGAUGAUAUUCAACAACCAUUUUCCAAUAUACACCAACUUCGAACUAUCAUUACACUGGGUGAUAGCAAGUCAUCAUUCACUCUACUAGCUCUUUUGUGUAAUGAGUCAAGAUAUAUGACAGUGCUAGAAUUAAGUGGUUUACCCAUCGAGAAGAUUCCAGAUGCUAUUGGAGGUCUUUUUAAUCUCCGCCAUUUGGGUUUGCGUGGUUCAAAGGUGAAGAUGCUCCCGAAGUCUAUUGAGAAGCUUUCAAAUUUGUUGACAUUGGACCUUGGUGGUUCUGACAUACAUGACUUGCCUAGUGGGAUUGUGAAACUGAAGAAGCUCAGGCACUUAUUUGCUGAGAGAGUAACUAAUCCACAAGGGAAAGAAUUUAAAUGUCGCAGUGGUAUGCGCAUCCCCAGUGGUCUUGGAAAUCUGACAAGCCUGCAGACGUUACAAGCAUUAGAAGCACAAGAUGAGUCUAUUAAACAUUUAGGGGAGCUGAGGCAACUAAGAAGCUUGAGGUUAUUGAAUGUGAAGGGAAUCUACUGUGGACGGAUCAAUGAGUCACUACUUGAGAUGCAGUAUUUGUCAUACCUACAUGUGAGUGCAAGUGAUGAGAACGAGGUUCUCCUGUUGAAUGUCUCCUUGCCAAACCUAGAAAAGUUAAGUUUGAGAGGCCGACUAGCGGAAGGGGCAUUGGACGAGUCCCCUCUCUUCCAAGCUGUUGGGGGGCAUAACUUGCAUAUGUUGUCUCUCCGUUGGUCACAACUGAGUGAAGACCCCCUGCCACCGCUUUCUCGGUUGUCAAACUUGACGAAUCUUUAAUUCAGCAGAGCAUACAAUGGAGAGCAGCUGACGUUUCUUACAGGGUGGUUUCCCAAGCUAAAGGUUCUCGAACUAAGAGACCUGCCUAAUCUGAAUCGGCUAGAUAUACAGCAAGGUGCCAUGGUGAGCCUGAAGCAAUUAACCUUAGUCAACCUCAGAAGCAUGACGGAGGUCCCAGCUGGCAUCGAGUUCCUCUUGCCCCUCCAAUAUCUAAGCUUCCUGGAAAUCACCAAUGACUUCUUGACGGUGCUGUGCCAAUCUUCUGUACUUGAAGGGCAGCGGUCGCACUAUUCUCUCCGAGACUGACCUGCCACACUGGCCAGGAAGUGUGUAGGUCGCCGGCCGGAAGGGGGAUGCUUCAUUGUUUGGGCCGCAUGCGUAUUCAAUUCAGUGAGUGAAGGGGGUCAAUGCAUCCGAAGGUGCAUUAUAUUCGUGUUGCUGCUGUGCUUUUAUGAGGCGUGCUACUGCUACUGCUGCGGCCGUGUGCUUCUAUUUAAUAAAAACAAUGCUUACUGUACGACUGUGAGCGAGCUGUAUUUCCAUAUUCAGACUUGUUUUUGUGUUGUUUGUUUCUCGAAUUAAGGAGCUCUCUGCCCCCUAUGUUUAUUUCAGAAACUGAUGAACGCAUGAUUUGUUUCAUCUAUAUAUUUGCGAGUGUGCUUGCUGUGAACUCA